UACAGGCUACUGGCAGUAUUUCGUUAGCAUCUGAAGAGUGAAUAUCGCGAGUUCGAGCGAAUUUCACAUAAUUUGAAUUAAGAGAAGUGUUAUAUAUCGAUACAUUUGUCAAUAAUUUUAAAUUAUCGUAAAAUGUCUCUGUUACCAUUGCUGUUCUCUGAAUGGUGGGAAGCUUUGGAUCGCCCGCAUCGUCUUUUGGACCAGAAUUUUGGAUUGGGCCUGUCUCCUGAGCAGUUGCUGUCGCCAAGCCGAAUGGAAGUCUUCGUGCAACCGCGAAGAAAUAUUUACGCGAACAGACCAUGGUCUGAGCUACGGAACACCGAAAGAGGCACCUCGACUGUUCAAGCAGACAAAGAUAAAUUCCAGGUCGUACUUGAUGUUCAACAGUUUAAACCGAAUGAAAUCGACGUUAGGGUCGUUGAUAAAUUUGUCGUUGUUACGGCUAAACACGAAGAGAAACGUGAUGAACAUGGAUGGAUUUCUCGUCAGUUUUCGAGGAGGUAUUUGAUUCCAGAGCAAUGUGAUAUCGAUCAGGCUGCAUCGAAGUUAUCGUCGGAUGGCGUACUUACUAUCACCGUACCAAGAAAGCAUGAACCAAACAUUGAAAACGAACGAGUAAUCAAAAUCGAACAUACUGGCAAACCUGCACUGCAAAUGAGAGUAUCUAAGCAGCAGCAGCAGCAGCAGCAGCAGCAGCAGCAGUCAGUGAAGCAAGGGGAAGAAAACGAAGAAAAGCAGUAAAAAUUCAAAUAUUCCUGCCAUUCAUGAUACUGGCUAUUUAUAAUACAUAUUACUCAUAUAUUCCUCAUUUAACUACUAUUAAAUUUCUAUCGCAACAUUUUAUCGAAACAUAUAAAUGUAGUUCAUAAUACUUAUUGUAAGCAAGUUUUGUUCUUGUUUCAUGUUCCACACUUCCAUAAAUACAUAUGUGAAUGUACAUAUUGUAUACUCACUUUCUGUCUAUAUGUAAGAUUUAUGUCAUUUUUUUAUGUUUUAAUAAAUUUUUAAGUUAUUCGUA